AUGACCGACGAGAAGACGCUCAAGUUCGCCGAGGCGGAUUCCGUCAAGAAGUUCGCCUUCUUCGGUACGUUCCCGGCUCCAACUACAGUAACCCCGUGCUCCAUUUUCAGGUGUUGCGGUUUCGACGAUCGCCACGCUCACCGCGAUCAUUGCCGUGCCGAUGCUCUGUCUGCACAUGCAGAACGUCCAAUCGGGUCUUCAGGAGGAGCUCGUCUUCUGCAAAUCCAAGAACGCCGACUUGCAGUCCGAGUUCUUCAAGCUCGAUAAGCACCGCGCCGGCGCCAACGCCGAACGUCAGAAGCGUCAGUCCGAGUACCAGUGCUGCUCGUGCGGAAUCGGAGCCGCCGGAGCACCAGGACAGCCGGGAGCCGACGGAGCGCCAGGAGACGACGGAAAGCCAGGACAGGACGGAGAACCGGGCCGUGACGCCACCGACAAGGACGAGAAGCCGACCGCCGCCGACUUCUGCUUCGACUGCCCCGCCGGACCACCAGGACCAGCUGGAGGACCAGGACCAAAGGGACCACCAGGACCAGCUGGAGGAUCCGGAGAGCCAGGACCAGCCGGACGUGGUGGACCACGCGGACCACCAGGACCAGGAGGACCACAGGGAGAAGCCGGAGAGGACGGAGGCGCCGGAACCCCAGGACAGGCGGGACAGGUCAGAUCACUGCCGUCUCCACCAGGAGAGCCAGGACAGCCAGGAGAGCCAGGAGGCCCAGGAGAGCCGGGAGCCGACGGACGACCAGGACAUCCAGGAAGAGCCGGACCACCAGGACCACCAGGAGACAACGGACCGAACGGAGAGCCAGGAAAGGACGGAGAGGACGGAGCCCCAGGAGCCGCCGGAAACGCCGGAGCCAAGGGAUCCUGCGACCACUGCCCACCGCCAAGAACCGCUCCAGGAUACUAG